AUGGGGAGCAUAGAAAAGGCGUGUAUAUCGGGAUUUCUAUGCCGACUGUGUUCAGAGAUGCACCGUACAGUAAUACAUAUUUAUAGUGAUCAUGGCCAGCGUUUGUGUCUUGUUGAGAAAAUCAACGGUUACCUACCAAUUACAAUAUCUCCGACUGAUCCAUUGCCAAAAACCAUAUGCAAAUCAUGUCUGCAUCGCGUGGAGCAGCAUUACUCUCUCCUGAUGCGUCUGACACGGAUGCGGGAGGAGCGCAAGUUUAAGUUAAUCAAAUACAAAGCACAAAGAAAUCCCUCGAUAUCCAGCGUGGAAUCGGAAGAGGACGUGAUAAAUUCAAGCACGGUUCACGAGUGCCCCAAUCGGAAUGAGGAGGAUCAAGCGACCCGCCGCAGCGAGUCGACGAGCACCGAAGCCGUAACUCGUCCACAGACCCAGGAAUCCCAAACCCCCAAGUCAAGAAAGACCGCAGUGUCCACACCAAACAGGAGGGAAAGGCACGAUGCCAGUGGUGCUGGCCCCAGCAAUAGACACCGAAAACAGACUGGCACAGGCAACUCGGAAACGGGUAGCACUACUCGGAAAGGAACCCAUGCAGAUUAAUGACUGCUAACCUCGUCUCUGGUCGGUGGAGCUAUAUAUACAAGUACUUGACUAUGUACAUAUAUAUAGACGUGUUUGUGUGUACGUACGUUUAGAUUGGAAUAAAUUGCGGCUUCAAUUCUGGAGGUAUCACUGGAGUGUGUUCCACUUUUCGAGUAACUAGGCGCUUGAACCGUCCACUGAAUUGCUUGCGAAAUCCCUUAAAGCUGCUCUUAUCACUUGAGGCCAUCAUGUCCUGGAAGAAUGAAGAGUAUUUGAUAAGUAUAAAAUUUGGUAAUUUUAAGAUUAAAAACUCCGAAAUAAAUUAACUUAUUAUACAUUUACUUA